GUUUACAUGAAAUUUUUGGCGCCUAAAUUCAUUUCAUACUAGGCCUAAUUUUUAAGCCUAAAAGUACCCAUAUUCAUAUAACAAAAUAUAAUUUAAAGGUGUCGCUAUGUGUGGACGGACUGGUUUAUCCCUAAAUAAAACACAAAUACAAUGUGCUUGUAGCUAUAAACCUAAAGGUUCAAGUUCUUACAUAAAACCAGACUGGCUCCCUGAACACAAUGAUGGCAAGGAAUAUACUCCUUCUUACAACAUAGCUCCCACUGAUGUCACUCCAGUAUUAGUAUCAGCCAGUAAAUAUAAAAAUGCAACUAAAACUUCCCGGGUACUGAAACCUAUGAUGUGGGGCAUUAUACCCCCGUGGCAUAAGGGCGACUAUAAGACUCACAACUUAAGCACAAACAAUUGCAGAAUAGAGACCAUACAGUCUUCAAAACUUUACAGUCCAAUUCUGAAAGAUGGCGGUAGAUGUAUAAUCAUUGCUGAAGGUUUUUAUGAAUGGCAAACCACAAAUAAAACUUCCAAGAUAAAGCAACCUUACUAUAUCUAUGCUCCACAAGAGGAAAAUAUAAAGGUCGAAGACCCUAAAAGUCCUAAAACAUGGAACAAUGAUUAUAAUGAAGAGAAUGGUUGGAUGGGACUGCGCCUUUUACACAUGGCAGGACUCUAUAAUGUAUGGCAAAAUGAAGACAAAGUUAUGUAUUCAUACUCUGUCAUCACAAUGGAAUCAAACAACACAUUCAAUUGGUUACAUCACCGAAUGCCAGCUAUUUUACACAAACAAGAACAAAUUGAGGCAUGGUUGGAUAUAGAUAAUGUGCCAGCAGAAAUAGCUCUUUCUCUUCUAAAACCUGUAACAAUUUUAUCCUGGCACCCAGUUUCAACUCUCGUCAAUAACUCCAAAAACAAAUCUGAUGACUGCAACAAUAGGCUGAUAGAAGAAAAGAAAGACAAACAUAAACAAAAAACUCUAUCUUCAUGGUUCCAGAGGGCCGAAAAACGAAAGAGUGAAGAAGACAAGGCAUCAGAUUCUAAAAUGCCAAAAAAAAAUUAAUUGCUCCUAACUUACAACUUUUUUUUAAGACUACCCACCUCAUAGGUUAAUUAUUAAAAACUGUUGUUCACAUGUUGGCGAUCGAUCUAUCUAUGCCACACACAGUAAAAUGUUUUGAAAAACUAAGUAAGGUUUAUUCUUCGAUACAAAAACAUCAACAAAACAUUAUAAGUAACGUAACUGAUGCAGUACCCUAAGCACGAACGAAUUGUAUUUAAACUCGUAGUCGUAUUCACCGAGCACGUAAUAAAUCGUAUUUCAAAACCGUAA